GAUCAGACAGUGGGAAGCGCCUGUGAGAUUCAGGGAUAUCCGCAGUGUUUGGGCUUGUCAGAAAUUUCGCUCGACUCAACCAAACCGUUAAUUUAUCAUUUCCUUGAUUGUUGAGGUGGACAGUGGAACUGCAACCCUGCAUUCGAAAAAGGAGGACGAGUAUUUCGCCAUGAACUGCGACAUGGACGGUGAUGUGGAGAACCAGGUGGAGCUUGAGGAGAAGACCAGGCUCAUAAACCAGGUCCUGGAGCUGCAGCACACGCUGGAAGACCUGUCGGCGCGGGUGGACGCGGUGAAGGAGGAGAACCUCAAGCUGAAGUCCGAGAACCAAGUGCUGGGACAGUACAUCGAGAACCUCAUGUCGGCCUCCAGCGUGUUCCAGACCACCGACACCAAGAGCAAACGAAAGUAAGGGACUGCCUCCCUCCCUCCCUCCCACCCGCCUGCCCACCCCCCCGGUCCUGUCCACGGCCGGCCCGGUCUGCAUCGUCUCACCCUCAUUAGGCACAUGCACAUGAAGCUUCCUAAAGCUUUACUUUGGACUAUUUGUUAUGUUAACAUGUCGUCAUUGUUUUGGCUAGUUUUUCAGGUGCUGUGAAUUUAAAGCAUUGUUUUUUUGAGUCAUCCCUUUAACAACAUGUAUGUACAAAUUUCCCCCGGGGGCAGACUUUUUACAGGGGACUUUUUUUAGACUGUACAAUUUAAAAAAGUUAACCUUCUUACAAACCUUGCAGGAGCAAGCUUAGCCUUCACACUUCACGGCAUGUCAAAUUCUGUCAUACCUUUUGUAGCUGCACUGGUUUACUCUGGAAUGGAAAAGACUGUUUUCAGGCAGCAGGCAAACCAAGUGGCAGAACAGCGUAAGGGGAAAAAAAAGUUCUGCAAAGGUACGCAGUGUAAUGUACUAAUGCACUUUGCAUCUGUUCUAAAGUGCUCAGCGUCAGCCGCUAUGUCUGAGCACGGUAUGGCUAGAGUGAGAUAUCACUCUCCUUCUCCUCGGUUUGACUGCGUUACAGUGUUCAACAGCUGUUUUAGCUGAUCAUAGAUUUUACAGACCCGUGAGAAAUUAUGUUCUGUUCAGAAAUUAUUGAUGUUACUGCCUCAUACUUGAUUUUGUAAUUUUGUGUUAGUUCUGUAAAAAAAAGUGCAGGUGGAUACACAGAAAAGCACAGAAAUUUGCUCUGAGUUCUGUUAAUGGAUUCAUCCCGUUUCCUGCUGUGGGCAGUGUCCGUUUGAGAGUGUAACAGUGUGGGCGGAUGUAGAAAUAGCAUGAGCACAACAGCACCUGUGUCAGCUGCACAUGACGAGUGGAUACGGCCUCCAAAGUCAUAAUGGAAAAGCGUCUGUUUUGCCUAGUGUCAGUAAGAGGCGAAUUUUCAGCUCGACAAGCAGCUUGUAA